AUGGCUACAGCUAUUAUUAAUUUUGAAUCCUGGCAAAAUACGGGAAUUCCUAAUUUUGAGAUACUUGAAGAAAUGACGGAAGAUAUUACAUUUAAAUUUAGAAAAGCGAGAGAAAUCAACAUUUCACGAGGUAUUAAAGAUCAAAAUAUUGACGUUCAAAGUUCAAUAUUUAAUCAAUUAAUUAGUAAACGAGCCAUGGAAUCAUUAGGAAUAAAAAAUUAUGCAAGUGAUGUAGAAGUAUAUAUGAAUUUACUUUCGUCAGACAAAGUUCGAAUAUCAGAUAUUAAACAAGCAUUAAGAGAUUUAUUAUCAGAUGCUCGAAAGAAUUUUGAAAGUUUGAAUGAAUUAAGAAUAGAAUUUGAUAAAUUUAAAGUUAAUUUUGGGGAACUUUAUCUUGAUUUAGAUAAUUCAACAAGUAAGACAAGUUCAAUUGAUGAAAGUAAAAUAAUAUUUUCAGUAGAUAUUACAAGAGAUAAUACAAAAACCGAGGAUUCACUAACGCCACAUCAAACAGCGAAUAUUUCCCCAACACAAAAUUUAUCACCUACAACGGAAACAGAAUUUUCCCCAACAUCCAAUACAAUAGAAACAAUUACGAAAUAUCCUCCAAGUCCAUCAAGUACUUCCAAUCCAUCAAAUAAUUCAUUGACUACUUUCAAUUCAUUAAAUAAUUCAUUGAUGGUUUUAAUUGCUGCUGGAUUAUUAUUUACUUUUCAUAAUAGAAAUUCAAUAAUAUCACUCUGUAAAAAUACUUGGAAUGCAAAACUUGAAUCCAUUUCAAUAGAAUUUGGAAGUUUAAAUACUUUCUGGGAUCAUCAAACCAGAAAUAUUGACGAAACUCUUACAACGUUAAAUUCGAUAAAUUCAGAAAUGGAAGUUAAAUUGCCGAAUAAAAUUGGACAAGAUACCAAAGCCAUUUGGAAUGAGAUUUAUAAUAAAUCCUUAAAUAAUCAACGAAAUUUGAAUGCGAUUGUUACAAAGAAUUCUAUGCUUGGAUUUAAUUCAUAG